UUGAGUCAACUCAAAUCCUCCAACGUCCUCCUCACCGCCGACCUCGACGCCUGUACCUCCGACGUGGGUCUAGCUCCGAUGAUGAACUUCCCGACCACAAUGUCUCGAACCAUGGGGUACAGAGCUCCCGAAGUGAUCGAGAUCUGGAAACCCAGCCAAAAAUCAGACGUCUACAGCUUCAGCGUCCUGCUGCUGGAAGCCCUGACGGGGAAAGCGCCGAUGAGAAGUCCCCCUGGUGGCGGUAGUGCGUACAACGAGGUGGUUUAUCUACCGAGCCAGAGCGUGGAGGAGGAUAUGGUGCAGAUGCUGCAGAUCGCGCUGGCUUGCGUGGCGAAGGGUCCCGAGAUGCGGCCCACCAUGGAUGAAGUGGUGAGGUUGAUUAAGGAAACUCUUCGACCUAAUGCCGCAGCGGAGAGGAAGAGGGAAAGCGAAAACACCAACGUCUACGAGCACUAUGAAUGA